UCAGCAAUCGGAGGCGUUUCCACUUCCUUUCUCGGCUGUGUGAGUUUGCGGAUACGAAGUGUGUAGUGGUGAGAAGUGUCUAUAGUUCGUUUACACAUUGUAACCAUGGCCCCCAGCACGCAAGCAGAUGAUACCGUCUCCGGUGUACGGAAAGGCAUUCGAGCCAUUCUGCUCGGCCCUCCCGGAGCGGGGAAGGGGACUCAGGCACCCAAGCUUGCAGAGAAGUACUGUGUGUGUCAUUUAGCUACUGGGGACAUGCUGAGGGCCAUGGUGGCAUCGGGAUCAGAGCUCGGUCAGCGUCUGAAGGAAACCAUGGAUGCUGGCAAACUGGUGAGUGAUGAGAUGGUGGUGGAGCUCAUAGACAACAAUCUGGACACGCCUGCAUGCAAGAAUGGAUUCCUACUGGACGGUUUCCCUCGUACUGUCAAGCAGGCAGAAAUGCUGGACGGCCUUUUGGAGAAGCGUACUGAGAAACUGGACUCCGUGGUUGAAUUCUCUGUUGAUGACUCUCUGCUAGUACGCAGGAUCUGUGGGAGGCUCAUUCACCAGCCCAGUGGCCGAUCUUACCAUGAAGAGUUCAACCCCCCCAAAGAGCCUAUGAAAGAUGAUGUGACCGGCGAGCCUCUUAUUCGUCGCAGUGACGACAACGAGAACACUCUGCGCUCCCGACUAGAGUCGUAUCACCGGCAGACGGCUCCUCUGGUGCAGUACUACAGUGCCCGCGGCCUGCACACUGCCGUUGAUGCCGCUCAGUCCCCUGACCUCGUCUUUGCCUCCAUCCUUGCUGCCUUCUCUGCUGCUACCUGUAAAGAUCUAGUUUAUUUUGUCUAAAUCCUCUCUGCAUACCCUCUUUCCUAAUAUGCAUUAUAACCCUUUAUUUGAUUCCUCUCAUGUUUCUUUAUGAGUUUGUCUUUAGACAUGGUUUUGAUUCAUCUGCUGCCUAUUGUGCAAUGGAUAACGAAGCUCUUUUGACAAACAAGGCUAUGAAAUAUUAAACGCUGAUUGUAGAACUCAAAAUAAAUGUAGUAUCAUUAUGUUCAGAUUUCAUAUACUGAAGGCUCUUUAGCACUUUUUGCUCUAACCAGACACCUGUAAAAAGGUAUGGUUAUUUCAUUUGCACCAUUUACAAAGUGAAAUGUGAUAAUUCAUGAGAAUAAUUUCUAAUUAUCAUUUCUGGUAGACUUGGAUCUUGUAGUAAUGCAUGAUAUCCAGUAGAGGUCAUGUGAAUACUUUGUUUGAUUGCUGAAUGUAAAAAUAAUAAUGAAUUGCCUUAUUAGUUAAUAUUUAUUAAUUUGUGUCCUGGGUUGAAUCAUUAAUUCACUUGUGGACCUUUGUCUUUUUU